AUGCCUCUUAAAUAUUACAAAGACUCUUCCACUUUCACCUGCAUUUCUAAUCCCUCCAUUCAAAUUCCAUUCUCCGCAGUGAACGAUGAUUACUGCGACUGUCCUGAUGGCAGCGACGAACCGGGCACCUCGGCAUGCGCCUAUGUAUCGCAGUUUUCUCCUUCUGACUUUAAGGAUGAUAAGGUUAACCGUACUCCGGUUCUCCCCGGAUUCUACUGUGUUAAUAAAGGUCAUAGACCAUUAGUCAUAUCGUUCCAGCGAGUCAAUGAUGGCGUUUGCGACUAUGAGAUGUGCUGCGACGGUAGCGAUGAAUGGGCCCGGGUUGGUGGCUUAAAAUGUGAGAAUAGGUGCAAGGAGAUUGGAAAAGAAUGGCGAAAGAAUGAAGAAAAGAGGCAUAAAUCCCUGACCGCGGCUGUGAAGAAGAGGGCAGAGCUUGUGAAAGCUGCGGCUAAACUACGAAAGGAGGUGGAAGACCGCAUCUCGGAUCUUGAAGUGGAAGUUGCGGCCUCAGAAUUGAAGGUGCAGAACCUAGAACAAGCUCUCGAAACAGUCCGGGCCAACGAAAGGGGCAAAGUGGUGAAGAGCCAAAAUAAGGGCAAAGUUAAUGUUCUUGCUGGACUAGCCAAGGAGAGGGUCGAAGAGUUGCGAGGGGCAUUGGUGCAGGUGCGCCGGGAAAGGGAUGAGAAUUUGGUGAGAGUUAGUCAACUCGAGGCCAUUCUAUCAAAAUUCAAGGAGGAAUACAACCCAAAUUUCAACGACGAAGGCGUAAAGCGUGCUGUCCGGGCCUGGGAAGAUUAUGCUGCUCGUGGCGAUACAGAUAGCGAUGACGAUGAAACGCUAAAUCGAGAUUUGGAUGAAAUUUGCAAACCUGACAGUGAAAAUUCAGGCAUUGACUGGGAUCAUUGGGAAAAUGAACAAGAUGUAGAAUCUGACAUCGGUCUUCUUUACAAAGUCGCCGCCUACCUCCCCGAUUCAUUGAUUAACUACUUCGAAGAUAAAGUUCUCCAACUCCGCUCGUUUUUAAUAUCAAAUGGCAUCCUUGCGGAUAACAGCGGCGACUUAGGCACCACAGAGUCCAGAGCAGUGACGGAAGCUCGGAAUGCACUUUCAACUGAAGAAUCAUCUUUGAGUAGAAUUCGCUCUGAGUUGGAGGAUCGAAAAUUAGACCUUCGCAAAGACUAUGGAAGUGAUUCCGUAUUUCGCUCGCUGAAGGGCUCGUGCAUAUCUAAGGACUCUGGUGAAUAUACCUAUGAACUCUGUUGGAUGGAGAAAACGAAACAAAUACCCAAGAAAGGCGGAUCCACCACAACAAUGGGCACCUUUUCUGCGUUUACUACAAUUACUGCGGAUGAGCAGGACUCAAAUGGGAAGGUCGUCCCUCAAAAGAAGAUAGCACUGGAAUACACCAACGGACAAACAUGCUGGAAUGGCCCCGCACGUUCAACCAAGAUUGUUUUGGAAUGUGGGGAGCAGAAUGAGAUCUUGAAGGUUACGGAAGACGAAAAAUGCGUGUAUAGUAUGUUUGUGACGACCCCGGCUGCCUGUGAAGAAGUUUCCAAGGACGGCAAUGCCGCCCGUGAUGGUCUCAAAGACGAGCUGUGA